AUGAUGCUCGCCCCGCAGCUUUUUCGCGACAUUGUUCGGCCUUGUCCAGGGUGUGACACACCCUACGACAUUCGUCUUCACGCCCCACAUGUACUACCAUGCUCACACACAUUCUGUUUGAUGUGUCUUUCGAAGCACGAACAGAGAAAGAAACGGAAUUGCUUGAUCUGCAAGGCAAAAUACUCGAAAUUCGCUCCGAACUUGGCACUGAUGGAGGUAUCUGAACGAAUUGACGAGCGGCGAGCGUUUCUGGAGGCGGACACGCGACAAUGUGAUGAGUGCGACAAUAGAGUUGUGAAGAGUACACUGAGACGUUGCGAAACAUGCGAAAAACAAUUGAUCACAAGAACAGAAUACAAAUUGGAAUGUAUUGUGUGUUUGGAAUGUUGUGUGAACUCUCACAACGGACAUACGUUCUCUCGAAUCAACACAGCCGCAUCAUCAUCAAUUGAAUCGUCACCGAUGGUUCAACAGAGAGCUCGUCAUCCGUCAACAUCUUCUGCUGUCUCCGUUCAUUUCAGACACCCGUCAACUGUUUCGGGGAGAUUAUCUACCAAAGGAAUUAUCAACACAAUCAAAAGUUGGUCGAUUCGAUCGUCGAGCAAUGAGUUGUCAUUCGUUCUUUCUCCACCAUCCAAAUUAGCGUUUAGUGAAGAAGAUAUUGUAAUGCAAUGUCAAUCACCAUUUUAUGAGGAAGAAGAGCAACAAAAACAACAACAUGAACUGAUUCGGAAUCGUAUGUCUUCAUCCCGAUAUAUCUGUUAUGAUACGAAAAACCCCGAUGACGUUUCAGUGGACAGCGUCUUUGUCGAGUCUCCACAAUCGCUGCCCAAGAACAUGGCUCCCAAAUUGUCAUCAACAUUAACCGGACGUUCUUCACCCAUUCAAAAUAAGAAUGAUUCUGGUGUGGUGAUGUCGACACCUUCACCCUCUUCCCGAGACGCGCCUUCAACGUUGACGUCAUCUCACCAUUUCUCUCGGUCGGCUACGUCCCUGAGGAUUCCUUCUCCUUUAACAACAUCGAAGAUCCAAACGAUUCAGAACUUCUUCGGAACGUCGAGGGUCUCGAGAAACAACAGAAUUAGAAUGGGUGUCACAGAUCUUGUCAACACGCCAUGUCGCCCGAUGCCACACCCACGAUAUACAUCAACUCCGAACGACUUGAACAAUGGACAAUACUCGGAGCGAUCAACAUAUCCCGCAACACCCAUAAUUCACCCAAAACCACAAUACUUCUAA